CUGGGAUGGUCUCAGGUCUGUGGUUUAAACUGGAUUAUGGUGCAGGGAUGGGCUCAGGUAGGUCUGGAUGUCUGACGGGGAUCCACUCAUCCACGGUGUAUGACGUCAGCAGCGGGUCCAGUACAAGCUUCAGCUUGUCGUAGCCACCUGCAUGCCAUAUAUAGUUUGGUCCCAUGGAAUGAUAAGUGCGUCGUGCGAACCUUCUGUGUGUUCUCAAUGCUGUUCCUUGUGGAUUUAGUUGUUUCAACAACCUCAUCACUACCUCACGUUUCACGCGUAGUUUGUGUUUUUGUUGUAGUUGUUGCCACAUUGUCCGAUAGCUGUCCCGGGCCGUGUAGCUCUGAUAGGAUUGCCCGUCUCACCUCUGCUAGUGGAGCAAAGUUCCGUCUCCUGAACAAUCCAGCUUCCUUUAAACGACUCUUCAGUGUACGCAAACUUAUUUUAAUGUUGUGAAAAGUUGACAGCAUAUCUAGUAUGACGUCAUAUGUAUGCCCAGCAUCAAAGUACUCUUUGAUAAUACCAACUAAGUCUGAAUCACCACUCGCGCUCAUGUUUGGAAACCGAUGCGUUGAGGUAGGUUUACUUCCUGGUAAAGAGACGGGCAGUGACGUCGUCCAAUCAGCGUCAAGUCAUGCCACCCGAAGGUACCUACCUCUUCCGUAAGAGUUAAUGUUGUGUUUUCGCUUUUGUGUUUGUGUUUCCUCUUUUGUGUUUGUGUUUCCUCUUUUGCGUUUGUGUUUCCUCUUUUGCGUUUGUGUUUCCUCUUUUGCGUUCGUGUUUCCUCUUUUGCGUUCGUGUUUUCUCUUUUGCGUUCGUGUUUUCUCAUUUGUGUUUGUGUUUUCUCUUUUGCGUUAGCGUUUUGCACUUCAGGGCCACCAUAUUGAAGAGCUCCCCUCCUCCUCCUCCUCCUCCUCCUCCAGCUCUGCUGCCCUCCAAGGAGGACUUGCCUCUUCCGUUGUGUGGCUCUUUUCGGGACUAACACCAUGGGAAGACUAGAUGCGCUCCGGCAGUUUAAUUUGCUUAAAUGGCUCAGAGAGGAGAGACAGUCGAGGAAACUGAUUCUUUUCAUCGUUUUCGUCGCUCUGCUGCUGGAUAACAUGCUGCUGACAGUAGUCGUUCCCAUAAUUCCCAGCUACCUGUACAACCUGGAUGAAUCGGCAGAUGUAGCGCUGAGGAACAACACCCUGUCACAGCAGGAUGCUCCCGGAUCCUUCCACAGCAUUGUGUCCUUAUACGACAACACUGUCAGGUUGUCAGGCUCCAACGCCACAGCCAGGACCACUGAGCUGGUCCCUCCAACCCCUGCUGCUGCUGCUGCUGCUGCUGCUGCUGCUGCUGCUGCACAGCAACCACAGAACUCCUCCGACUGUCCCCAGUCCACCAGCAAGCUGCUCAAUGAAAAUGUCAAAGUGGGAAUGCUGUUUGCUUCCAAGGCCACUGUACAGCUGCUCACCAACCCCUUCAUAGGGCCACUCACUAACAGAAUAGGAUACCAGCUUCCCAUAUUCAUCGGCUUCUGUAUCAUGUUCUUAUCAACUAUCAUGUUCGCCUUCUCAUCCAGCUACGCUCUGCUGUUUCUGGCCAGAUCGCUUCAAGGCGUGGGCUCCUCCUGCUCAUCUGUGGCAGGAAUGGGAAUGCUUGCUAGUGUGUACACAGAUGAUGAGGAGAGAGGUCACGCCAUCGGGAUCGCCUUGGGAGGUUUGGCAUUAGGAGUGUUAGUUGGACCCCCAUUUGGCAGUGUGAUGUACGAGUUUGUUGGGAAGACUGCUCCUUUCCUUAUUUUGGCUUUCCUGGCUGUGUUUGACGGAGCUCUACAGCUCUUUGUUCUUCAGCCCACCAAAGUGGAACCAGAGAGUCAGAAGGGGACGCCACUGCUGACGCUAAUGAAGGAUCCAUACAUUCUAAUCGCAGCUGGUGCCAUUUGUUUUGGAAACAUGGCUAUUGCCAUGAUGGAGCCAACGCUGCCAAUCUGGAUGAUGGAGACCAUGUGUGCCAGGAAAUGGCAGCUAGGCGUCGCUUUCUUGCCAGCGUCCAUCUCCUACCUUAUUGGAACCAACAUCUUCGGCACGUUGGCACACAAGAUGGGGAGAUGGCUUUGUGCUCUCAUCGGAAUGAUGGUGGUUGGAAUCAGUGUAAUAUGUGUCCCUUUUGCCAGAGACAUCUAUGGUCUGAUUCUUCCUAAUUUUGGCGUUGGGUUUGCUAUUGGCAUGGUGGAUUCCUCUAUGAUGCCAAUAAUGGGUUACUUGGUGGACCUGCGGCAUGUGUCCGUUUAUGGAAGUGUGUACGCCAUUGCUGAUGUGGCUUUCUGCAUGGGCUUCGCUUUAGGUCCAUCUAUCGGCGGUUCCGUAGCUGAGAGUAUCGGCUUCCCCUGGCUGAUGACCAUCAUUGGAGUAGUGGAUAUUUUCUUUGCUCCUCUCUGUCUCUUCCUCAGGAAUCCACCAGGACAAGAAGAGAAAAUUGCAAUUUUGAUGGACACCAACUGUUCAAUGAAGACAAGAUCCUACUCCACACAGGGGACGUACUACCAGGGUGAAAACAUGGAUCCAGAGUAUGAUGAUUAUGAUUAACAGGACACCCGCCCUUCAGAGGAUCUAUUUUGUUGUAGAAAAAAAAAAAAAAGAAGGAACACAGAAGAAAACAGCAAAACAGCCAAGAUCUUUCUAUGUGAAUGUCCUGCAUUCAGUCCUCACUAUUCAGUGUCCUCUUAGCAGUUGUUCUGGAGCAAAACCAAAGUUUGUUCUUGAUCUGUGGUUGCAAGUGCUUUGUGUAAGAGAUAUUUUUUUAGCCAACAGCCUUAUUCAGUAGAGCGAUAGAGUAGGAGGGUGCUGAGCAUUGAGUACACCUUGUCGGUUUGUUUUGAAUACAGAUGUGUCUUAAUCCAUGUGUUGGCCAUUUAGUGUUAUCUAUUGUAUCUCAACAAUACUGUCCAGAGUAUUAUUCGCAGAAUUUGAAGUGCAAGUUGGUAUUAUAAUGGGUAACUGUGUGGCAUGUUUAGAAACUGGAGUUUGUUAAAAUCCAGGAUCAUUCUGUCUGCAUUGGUCCAAACCAGGGGCUUCUCCAGUCCAGUAGUUGUGGCUGAACUGCACAGAGAAAUCAAUACAUCUGAGCUGCUGAAGAAAAUGAAGAGUAUUCUAGAUCAGAAUUUACAUACAUGAUGUCGUCCUAACAUGAAUAGAAACUAUAGAUUUUUUGCAUCUUGGCAACUUCAAAAAAGAAAGACCGUGUAAAGCAUUUCCCGUGGACACUGCUGUUGAGAAAUAGAUAAAAAAAAAUAAUAAUAAUGUCCUGUCUCUAUGAACAGUAUCAAAUUGUAUCCCUCUGUAUUACACACACACAGUUUACUAUAGCAGCAUGGACUCAGUAUUAUCAAGCACAGGUUUGGAAGCAGCAGAUUUAAAUAAACUGAAAACGUCCACACAAGCAUUCCCACUUCCUUCAUCUUUCCUGUAGGUCUCCACCAGCUAUGUAAGUAUCGCUGCUUCAAGAUCACAACUCACCAUGUCUAAGCAGCAUUAUGUUUUGGAUGCUACCUGAGAACCUUGUCUCUUUUGUUUUGUAACAGCAGGACUUUAUAAAGGUAGAUAAAACGCCCCAGCUAAUAGAAUAACUUCCUCUGUGUUGGACUCCUCUGCUCUCCAUUUCCUCAGGGCUGCUAAAGCAGUUUGCCAGCGGUCAAUGAGGCAAGCUUGUGAGUCAAAAUUCACCAGAAUUAGACUUGAAGUGACAGUUUCAUACUGAUUUCAUUUGCCCUCUAUUGAAAUGAACCGAUUUUGCUCCAAAAUGUUGCAGUUUUAAAUGCUGCUGUGCUUUGAUGGACCAGAAAACUGCUGUUGCACUGCUUUCUGUACAUUCAAAAUCUUUAUGUGGAACACAGUCGAAAGCUCCUGCACACCAAGAGCAACAGCCCCGUGUGAAUUUGUUAUGCUCCUAAAAACUGAUUUUUAAAAUUUUUUAUUUUUUACAAAAUACAGACCGGUUUACAACAUACAUUUCUCAAUUUGACAUGCAAGCUACCGACUCAAUAGUAAGAGAUCCAAAUUCCAGCCACUCUCAUAGCAAAGGAAUAACUUUAAUUUUAAAUCCCGUGAGAGAAGCAUGAAAGUUGUGCAGGCUGAAUUUGCCGGUUACUAAUCAGAAUGCUGAUCACAUGCAGUUUCUCCUCUGAUUUGUGUUGUGAGCCAAAAUAGCAACAGUAUUUGAAACAACAGCAUUUUGACUGGCAGCUGGAUGGAUGUAGCCGGCGGCGGCUGGGUGGGGGAGGAAGGGAGGAGUCAUUCCUGGUGACGCUCCUUGUGUUUCUGCCCUGAGACAUCAUCAGCAUUGAUACUUACAUCUGGGCUUCUUCUGUGGCGUGGUCAGUAUCUACAGUGUUAACAUACACAGUCCACUUACAGUCCCACCAGUAUGCAUUCUGGUAAAUACACUUUUUGCCAGAAGAUCGGAUUUAUACUCCUCCCACAUCACUAUGUAAAAUAUGAAGCUCACACCAGUAGCUGGUUAGCGUAGCUGAACAUAAAGACUGGAAGUCGUUGAACAGUUAGUCUGGCUCUGUACAAAUGUGACACAUUAAGCUCACUGAUAAGCUAACCAACAGCUGGUUCUACACAUUUAACAAACGAUGGCUGAGAAGAGUUAGCGAUCUUCUAAUCAAAGUCUCCCAUAAUGUUGAGCUCUCCAUGUUUAUAUUCUAUAGUAUGACAUUCACAAAUUCUUCCUAAAAAUUGGGACUGUACACUACCAAUCAAAAGUUUGGACACGCCUUCUCAUUCAACGGUUUUUCCACAUUGUAGAUUAAAACUGAAGACUUCAAAACUAUAAAAGAACACAUAUGGAAUUAUGUUGGCAACAGAAAAGUGUUAAUCUUUGGCGUUACUAUACAAUGUAGAAAAUAAUACAAAUAAAUAAAAACCAUUAAAUGAGAAGGUGUGUCCAAACUUUUGACUGGUAGUGUAGAUAUAAAAAGUUUUCAUUAAAGGAGUGGAAAAACUUUUCAAAGUAUUUUUGGGAUUUGAAUGGAACACUGAGAACUAGUAUUUCAUUUCUGUGUGGUCAUUUUAAAUGUCCCACUGAACCAAUGAGAACAAGGGUCGUUUCAUAGACGAUCACAUCAUGACCAUUUGUACAGCAAUGAUUUAAUUUUAUGCAUUAGAUCUGCCCUAUCAGACGACACUGACCUGAUACUCUAUAUUUUUAUUAAAGUUGAGACCGAAACCAAUUAGCCAACAUGUUCAAUGAGUUCCACACUGAAAGGAAUGCUUAUACUCUCUUAAUGGCAUUGUCAAUUUCUGAAAUCUUGUCCUUCAUCAUUGCUCAGGACUCAGGGAGAUUCCCUUUUUCCCCCGGCCUCAGAUUAAUUCAACACAGCUCACGCUACCUGUUUCUUUUUGUUUUUCAAAGGAGAUCCUUCAGUCUAGUUCUUACACAGGAUUUAGGGAAAUACAGCCAUGGCCAUAAGUUUGGACACAAGUACCAUGACGCUUGUGAAUCUUAGAAAAUACCACAAAAUUGUCACUUACAAUACAGUACACAACUCCUGAGAACUAUAUUAAGUUUCAUAUUUAAAAGAAACAUCAAAAGAGUUUGGUGUCAUUUUGUUAUUCUUACCAAAUUCGGUUGUGAAAGUACUGCAUUUUUUUUGUUAUUUUCUUCUAAUAUUAUGUUUUGGGAACAAAGUUGUUCCAAUUGUUGGAAUUUAUUGAUAAUAUUAUAUCCCUUGUUGAUUUGUUGACUAAUUAAACUGGUGCUGUCAAAAAAUAUUAGUUAUGUUCUGUAAUAGACAUCAAAACAGACAUAGUAAGUCAUGCUGUGUCCAAACUUAUGGCCAUGGCUGUAAAUGACAGCAAUCUUCUCAGGUCGUCUGUUCAAGCCACCAAUAGGUAGACACAGGAAAGUUUUUAAAAAGUCAGCAUGUCAAUCAUCAUCUUUUCUGGAUAAAAGAGCUUGUCAUGCCUUAAGUGUGCACGAUGUUGCAGUUGUUGUACAAAAGUACUAAAACACUCCUGAAUGACUGGACAGUGAUGUGCUUACUUGGCUGUCAGGUGGACAGUAAAAGGGUGCCGAGUGCUGCUGGUUCUUCUGUUUUGAGGUGUCUUUUACAAUCAGCUGCUAUUUAUUUGUGAUCCUGUUGCAUGUAUAUCUUGAAAACUGUACACGUCUUUCAGUGGUAGCAGUGGUCUGACUUUAUUCAAAAGUCCCACACUCGCAAAGUCUGCCUGAACGUUCCAACAUGCUCAGAGCCUUUAGCAGAGAAAGCAGAUGGCAGACGAGUCUGAACACUUUGGUCCGCUCCAGUUUAAUUGGCUAUUUGCAAAUACUGUUGUCAUCAUUCGCUUGUAUCUGUAAAAAGGUCGAUCUUAAUUUAAGAAGAAAGCAAUGGUGGUCGCCAUGAAGGAAGUGGAUUAGCCUCUACAGCACAAAUCUGAAAGAUAGCCUUUUGAAGAAAGACUGGAGAUUAAACUUGUGAUCACCAGCUACAGGAUAAUAUUAGAAACCAAACUGCUCAUAAAAGUAAUUGCAGAUUUAAGGAGGAGGAAAAAUUAAGGAACUUGUCAAAGGAAGGCAAAAAGAUAGGCCAUCAAGAUCUCAAGAAUCUCUUUUAUAGCAUCAUCAAGCAUUAAAGUGGUAAAAAAUGGUCUUACCCUGCAGAGAAUAUGGCUACCCAGCACAUACAGUGAAUUAAAAACCAGCAACAAAGUGAGGUUUUGUGCUUAGUUGGAUUAUCACCUGUAUUAAACUGUGUGGAAAAUGUGUAAUAGAACAUUUGUCAAAGUUGUGUAAUUUUCUGGCUCUGCAUGUGUCUAAAAUGGUUGCUGCCAUUUCCUGUACUGCUCACCUGAAAGCACCAUUAGCUACAGUGACGUGUUCGAUGUGCUGCUGCUUUGAUAAAACUGAACAGAUGAAACUAUGAAGGGUCCAUCGUGUGCUUCACUUCUGUUGUAGAUAAUCAGCAUACAGUAAGUUUACAGGAAACCCCGGAAUUUAUUCAUUUAUUGCAGUUUGGCGUUAAGUUAUUGCAAAACUUCUCAUCAGUACAAACUAAAAUAUAACUAUCUCAAUUUAUGGCACCAUUUUGUCAAGAUCUUCACUGAGUGUUGUGGAAGUUCAACAAGGUCAAGGGAGGAUGAGGAGGCAGACAGAGACACACUGGAGACUCAGGUGACUUAAGUUGUGAGUGAGGUUUACUGAUAUCAGGAGAAAUGACACCAACAGAGCAGCAGUACAUGCAAGCAAUGCCAGCUUCAGUUCUGUGGAUUCUCUCUGAUCGUUUAUAUUGUAGUUGGGAGAGGGGUCAGAUUUAGAUUUCAGAUUAAUAUAGACACAACUAGUCUGCUUAGUCACGUCAAAAUAAAUAUACGACGAUAUCUAACCUUGACCUGUGCAGAGAGUCUUGGCAAAUCUUCCUCCUACAGCGUCCGCCUGUUAGUGGGUAAUUUGGCAUGGCGUUAGCUAACAGCUGCAAGGGAGAACCUUACAAAGAAGAAAGAGUACUUUUUCCUUCACACCGAGUACUUUUCAAUAAGAGGCAGACAGGAAACAAAGGAAUGAGAGGUAUAGCGUGCAAAUUCGGUUCUCAGUUGAAAUCAGAGACUUGCAGUCACAGUCAUAAACUUAUGAGCACAACUGUACGUGUCGUGAUAUAAAAUCUAGUAUGGUGUACUCUGUAAGCCUUUAACCACCAGAGCGCCUCAGUAUCAGCUCCUUUAUGAACAUGAGGAUACAGCGUGUAUGUUCGGUGAUUAGAUUGCAUUCACCUUCCAAGAAAACCUCCAGGCUAAAGCUAACCUAACGCCAAGCGCUUAGAUAGACAAAUGUGAAGGUUCCCCAAACACUGGACAACAACAACCUUUAAACGUUUCUUCUUCUUCGUAAUUAUAGUGUUAUUAUUAAAUUAUUGGGAUAUUAUGGAUUUUUAUACUAAUAUUCUAAAUGAUUUUUUUUUGUUCUUUUGGCUAACUAGUUUGAUAGUUCAGUGUGUUUGUUUGGUUCAGCUUCCUGAGACUGAACUCAACCAAUGAGAUUCAUUUUACCUGAUGAACAGCUCUGCUCUUCAGAUAAUUUUUUUUUUAUCAUUCCUGUAAUAUUUCUUGUUCAUAAUACACCUAAUGCUGUGUCACAUGUGUUGUGUUUUUGGAUGUCCUCCUACACUUUUCUGAUGGGCUAUUGAAAGCUGGACUGGAAUGAACUGGAUUUUUAGUAAAAGUGACUGGAGUGGUUCAGACUGGUACUGAAACAAACAUUAACCUCUAAAUAUUUUUCUUUCAUUGAUCAUCAGUCUACUGAGUUGUACUGAAAGUGGAUGUUUUUUGUUAGUUUUGUGUCUUUUUUUUGUUUUUAAUCUGUAACCGCAAACAUGUCAGUAUGUGAAUCUGAGAUGUAUGUGUUUGGCUAGAUUUUUUUUCUUACAUGUGAGAGCAGUUUAUCCUCUAUUAAAUGUGAAAGAACAUUUUUCUCCAGAAAUGACAACACUUCAGCUAAAUAUAGAGACGGACGUAUUUUCAGCACCAUUACCUGUUGGUGUAUUUGAAACGCUGAGCAUUUAGACCAGAUGGUAGUCUACAUGUUUUUUUUUUUUUAUUUUUAUCGUCAGUUUAAAGUGAACAGGACAAUAACAGGAACGUUUUUAGUACGGUCACAGAAAUCCUCACAUUGAUUCCCUGUGCUGCGUGUUGGAAGACAGCAGAAUGAGUUGCCUUGAUGGGGAAAUGUGGGAGCAGGCACACUGUAAUCAGCCUGUCCAUCUCAACUCGGGGCUUCAAUUAGUUUGCAGAUGCUCACACAAUACCUCCUUUUCCUCUCCACCAAGAACCAAGACAGUUGUCGCUCUUAAAACAAUGGAAGUGCAGGGAAAGUUGACCAUUUUUGUUUUUAGAUUAUACUGUGUUGCUUCUUUGGAAGGAACAUUAGAAGGAAAGAACUGAUGCACGGUCCUUAAAUAUGUCAUGGCAAUGCACCUUUGAGAACGUUCACAGGGACAUCGUCUUCAAGGAGAAGUUUUCAUAGCAUUGGACUGCAGUGUGGGAAAAUACCUUGCAUCAUCGCUGGCGACAGACGGUGAUGUUGUGGAUUCUCUGCUUUGCUGAGUGUCAUUUUCACUUGUAAACAUCACUGUAAAUCAAAAUUGUAUUGACUUGAUCAGAAAAUACUAAUGAUUAGCAGCUCAUGAAAUUACUCUGUAACCUCCGUGGAGUUUGCCGGGAUAUUUCUAGCUGUAUGCUAGAUUUUUCUUACUGUCAACAACUCCAAAUGGUAGUAGGCCUAUUUUUAAAGAUACACAUCUGAGGCUGGACGGAAUGGGCGUGGUACUGCAUGCUACUGAGGGAUGAACUACCGCCUGCUGCAUGGCUCUACCGACAGUCAUGUAAAAGCUGCAAAUACCAGUGGAAUUCUUAAAUAUCAUGGAACAGGCUUGCAAAGAUAUCCACUCCACCGUUCAAAAGUUUUAGACAGGCAUCAUAUCCAAGUCAGAAUGUGGUAACACCAGAGCGUGCCGCAUUUGAUGAUUGUAAAUUAUGAGGCCUGAAAAUGUCUGAUGUGGAUGCAUUUCCACCCCGUACUGCCUUGAAAAUGAUAUACACUACCGUUCAAAAGUUUGGGGUCACUUAGUAAUGUCCGUUUUUCCAAAGAAAAGCAGUUUUUGUCAAUGAAGACAACAUUAAAUGAAUCAGAAAUACAGUCAAGACAUUGUUAAUGUGGUAAACAUUAUUCUAUCUGUAAACAGCUUUUUUUUUAAUAGAAAAUCUACAUAGGGGUACAGAGGAACAUUUCCAGCAACCAUCACUCCUGUGUUCCAAUGCUACAUUGUGUUAGCUAAUGGUGCUGAAAGGCUAAUUGAUGAUUAGAAAACCCCUGUGAAAUUAUGCUAGCACAUGGAUAAAAGUGUCGGUUUUCAUGGAAAACAUGAAAUUGCCUGGGUGACCCCAAACUUUUCAAUGGUCGUGUAUGUACCAGAUGGCCACUACCGAAUACAAAAGGACCUCAGUGUCACCAAGGGGCUAGCUAUGAAACAAACAACAAAAACCUCCAGUUCACUCCAUUCAAAAAAGCAUCAACUUCUCUCUAGAAUUUCUGAGCCAUUUGGUUGUCCAUUUUUUGUCUGUUUUUAGAAGGUUCUUGGUCCAAGUGGUAAACCUUAUGCUGCAACUCUCAACUUCAAAUCAGUUCCACUGCAAGCGAGUGCAUGACAUUACAUUUAUAGGACAUAGCAUACAGCGAAAGUGAGUACUUCCUGUUCACAUUAAAUGAUGCUACUUGUAUCACCUUACAGUGUUACAUCUGACUUUAACAGUAGGUUAUUUGCCUUUUGAUACUAGUUUUAGGUUUACUAUGUUAAAAUAUAGCCCCACAGUAGGACCUCAAUGCAUAUACACCUGUUCAUAUUGAGGUUCAAAUUGUUCUUUUUUUUUUUCUUUUCAGUACUUCAUAAGUCCACAUUUGUUGUUGAUUGUUAUUGAUGCCACUCUUCAGAGACCAUUUGUUUCAGCUACUCUUUGCUGAGUGUUUUUGCUCUACCUUUCACUUUAAAAUACCACAGAGACCCUAGCCAAUUCACAGUAAUCACUUUUUCUUCUAUAUGAACUCUUACGUGAUCGUAGCAGUAUGGUUUGGAUGAUUAUCAUACUUUACUGUAAUGCCACUGAGUCUUACUUUGGGGCCUGUAUAUUUAACAUAGUUCUUCUAGAGUAUGAAUUUUUGUUUGUUCCUAAGAAGAAAAACUUUGUUUAGCUUAGGCAUAAUGUAAUCUGUUGUACGCUGUAUAGAGUGCAGGGGGAGCAUGCCAAGACUUCAAAGCUACAUACAGCUAACAUUAGAACUGCUUUGAGACGACAGCCUCAUGUCUUUUUUUUCCAGUCUUAAAACUGAGUAACACUGUUGGUUUUGGUCUUUUUAUGGGAUUUCUUGACAGAGAGAAAAUAUAUAACAACCAUUUUUUUCCCCAUUAAACGUAGUAUGCUCGUUUGAGGUAAUAAAUUCACCUAAUCAGUUUUUUGACAGCUACUUUACUGCAUCUCACUGUCUUCCUUAACAAAUGGAGAGUACUGAGAAGUCAGUCUGCUGAGAGCUAUGUGGGUCUUUCAGAUGAUGUUAAUUCAGUACAUAGCAACUUUGUCCCAAUUAUAGACAAAAAUCCAACAUCAAAGUUCAUACAAACUGUAGAAUCUGUACAUGUUGCACAGCUCAGUUCAUAAUCAGCCCAGUAAUUGAUCUACAAACACUUAGGACUGGUUUAUUUUAAUUAAAAAUGUAGGCUUGCUUUCCUUGUUUGUUGAUGUAUAUUUUUGGUGUAAAUAAUCUUAAGACUUGUCUAGUGUUAAAUGAUCUGUCAAUCACUUUAGAUGUUAUAGAAGGUUCGAGUCUUGUGUUUUGAUUUUUCUGGUGGGGUGACUUUGCAUCUGGACUUCAGAUUGUGCCUUUAAAGAUGUUCUGUGUGAGCUCUUCAAACCACAAGCAGAGUGAUGGUAAUUCAUUUGAUCUUGUUUAUUUAGGUUAUGUACAAUAAAGCUUCAUAAGAUGAA